CACCAAAUAAAUUAAAGUUACUUUUUAUGGUGGGUAUAGCAUUAGUAAUUUUUUGGCUUUUAUUGGAGAAUGCGAUUGAUAUGCACAUUAAUAUCAAGAGUUAGUUAAAUAUUGAUUAACUAAUUAGGUAUUAAGUUAAUUGUUACCAACACAAAUUGUUCACAUGAUCUCCAAAAGUUCUGUUAUGUGAAAACAACAGCUGACGAAACUGAAAAUUAUUGUUGGCAACAAAAUGUUCAACUACAUCCCGCAACAGGGAUAUUCUAUAAUCUGUAGAUUCUGUAUACAAUAAUAACAAGAAAAAACAAUUGUUGGUGUCAAGUUUCUACGGUUUUACCCUUACAUAUACACCUAUAUACCGUAUGAUAUUCCACCCCAAAUUUUCAUAAUCAUUUACACCUUGUCAAUUUUCAUUCUAUUCGUUUGAAUUUCAUCAUCAGGCAUGGAUUUUCUUUCUAAACUGAAACAAAAACACCACCAAUCAAAUAAUAAUCUAUUUGAGCUUCUUCCAGACGAUGUAAUCCUUAUUAUCUUCAACAAAGUAAAAGAUGCCAAGACCCUUAUUAGGUGCUUCUCCAUCAACAAGCAUCUUGCCUCUCUCAUCCCCCAAACCGACGUCGUAUCGAUCUCUCUCAUUGUCCCUCGCUCUUCUAACUCCCACUCUCUCGACAGGAACCACAACAACAAGGGUAAUUUCGUAAAACACGUUAAAUCCGGCGUUAAUUACUUAGCCACCAAACUCCUCCAAAACUGCUAUGUUCCGACUGCCGCCCCCACCACCAGCAACAAACAAGAAGUCUCCUUCUCCUCCGACGAUACUCCGUGUCGGCGCCUUAGACUAUUCAGCCAUAUCUCGUACCUCCGGGUAGAGAUUCAUUCCGAUAUUACUGACGCCGGGAUUACAAGAUCCAGUGACGAAAUCUUCAAGUGGAAAGCCAGAUUCAGCGGCAGGUUAAAGAGUUGGACAUUGCUCUGCUGCUCGAAAAAGCUUCGCUACUUCGUCGGCGGCGGCGACUGGUGUCUGAAGUCGGGGGCGCUAACACAGUUCAAGGAGAGGGAGCAACGCAUGAACUUGAGCUUCAGAGAUGCGUACGCGAGAUAUCGCCUAGCGAGGGAGAUGGCGACACAGUUCGCAACGCUGAAGAAGGUGAAAGUGACGGAUGCGAAGAGGGAGGGAAUAUUAUCGAUGACGGAGGAUGAUAUUGGCGAUAUGAGAGAUUCGUGGAGGGAAGAAGAAGAAGAGGGAGAAGAAGCGGUGUAUUUGUUACAGAUGUGGUACGUGCCGUUAUUGGAACUACCUGUGGCGAAAUGCAUGUGGAAAGAUGCGAUGUUCAUCGUGAUUCGACCUAUGGAUAUUAAUAGCAGAUUGGUUGACUUUGGAUUUGACAGUGAUGCAAGGGAGCAGAGGAUGUUCACGGAGGGGAUAAGAGAGAUCAUGAAGUCUCCCAAGGCCGACCGCCGUGCAUGGAGGUGGAGCUCCACACCUGUUGAUCGUCAGUUGCAGUGAAGACUAGUGUAGUGUCUUUCACGUUGCAAUUAGUUUAGUUAUUAAAUUUGCUAUACUUAAGCAUUAACUAUCAAAUCAACUAUUCAAAAUUUAAUUUUGAUAUAGACACUGUAAAAGAG